CGGUCGGGCGCCAUGACGGUUUGUCUGUGGCAGGUGAAAAUACAGACACACAGGCAGAUGACAACAACAAACGGGGACAAGGGGCUCUAGUGGCGGACUCGGAGGGACCUGAGGGGUCUGGUGGGCCCACACUCGGCGCACGCACCCCCUGGGGCCUCAAGGGGCGCGCGUGCUGCCGCCACGAUGUCUGCGACGCGCGAAAAAUGGGCCUGCGACUUUUGCACCUACGAAAAUUAUCCUUCGGCCGUCAAGUGCACCAUGUGCAGGGCUUCGCGGGCCCUGAUCGAACAGGGUGGAAGUGAGGUCAUCUACGAAUUGGGACAGUCAGCUGCUUCGUCGGAAAUAUGCUCAGGCAAGAGCUCACCGUUGGCCGGUGGUGGCGCCGAGGCCACGGCCACCAACCAGUCCGAACUGUCUGACCAGCUGGCCGCUUUGCAAUUGGCUGAUGACACCCUUCGGGAGCAGCAGCAGCAGCAAAAGUGGAUCUGCCUGCGGUGCACGUACCAGAACUGGCCGCGCAACCUGCGCUGCACAAUGUGCUUGCAGCGGCGGGUGGGCGUGCCGGCCGGUCCCGGGGGUGGCAGUCCGGAGGCGGCGGGUGGCCCUGGGGCGGCGGACAACCGGCUGGUGGCGGCGCGGCGCGAGUCGCCGUCGCACGACAACAACGCGGACGCCGAGCGGCGGCGGCGGCAGGCGCGGCAGGCCGACUGGCCCUGGCUCGACGCCUGCCUCGGGGUCGUGCAGGGCGACAGCCGCCCCGUCGAGGCCUACCUCGCCAACGGCGGCGACCCCACGCGACAGCUCACCGCCACCGAAGUCAACCUGCUCAACCGCCCCUCAGCCUUCGACGUCGGACACACCCUCGUCCAUCUGGCAAUCAGGUUCCAGAAGGAAGACCUGUUGGCAUCCCUGCUGUCCCAAAUCGAAGGUGGCGGCAUGGGCAUCAAAAGGGUCCCUUCCUACGUUGCGCCUGACCUGGCUGCCGACAUUCGCCGACACGUAAAUUCCAUUGUCCGCCAGCGCAAAGGCGCCAACUUCCCUUGUUUCUACGUGGCGGAGGUGGCCACGUUCGCCCUUCCAGCAGAAGUCGAAGAUCUGCCGCAGGCCGUGCAGGAGCAGCUCUACGAGGAGUUGCUCGACCGCGACGCGCAAUCGCAGCUCGAAUCAGACCCACCGGCCCUCAACUGGUCUCUCGAGAUCACCAUGCGCCUUGGCUCUCGACUCGUCGCUUUGUGGAACCGCUCGGCCGGCGACUGUCUCCUCGACUCGGCCAUGCAGGCUUCCUGGGGCGUCUUCGACCGCGACAACACCCUCAGGCGGGCUCUGGCCGAGAGUCUUCGCCACUCAGGACAUAUUUUCUACCCCAGGUGGCGCGAGUACGAGGCGGUGCAGGCGUCUCUGAUGCACUUCUCGCUGGACGAGGCGCAGUGGGAGGAGGACUGGGCGGCGUUGCUGUCGCUGGCAGCGCAGCCAGGCGCCAGUCUCGAGCAGCUGCACGUGUUCGUGUUGGCGCACGUGCUGCGCCGGCCGAUCGUCGUCUACGGCGUCAAGCUGGUGAAGAGCUUCCGCGGCGAGGCGCUGGGCCUGGCCCGCUUCGAGGGCGUCUACCUGCCGCUGCUGUGGGACUCGACCUUCUGCCACCGCUCGCCCCUCGCGCUCGGCUACACGCGCGGCCACUUCUCCGCACUGGUGCCCCUCGAGCCCUACACGGACCCCGCGCGCGGCGCCACCCCCGACGAUGACCUCCAAGUGACCUUCCUUCCGCUGCAGAGCCACGACCGAAAACUCCUGCCCGUCCACUUCCUCACGCAGGCCGAGGUUGGAAUGGAAGAGGCCCUGCUGCGUCAGUGGCUGGACGUGUGCGUGAGCGAGGGUGGCCUCUUAGUGGCGCAGCAGAGACUGGAUAAGCGGCCGUUGCUAGUGGCGCAGAUGAUCGAAGAGUGGCUGAACCACUACAGACGCCUCGCGCAAACCGCGUCUGCGCCGUUCAGCAGGGCUGUGGCCGUGCAAGACUACUCAAGCGAUGGUGACUCGGAUGACGAGUAGACAAUUCCAAAAUGAA